AUGGCCGCCACUCACCAGUCGCUCUACCAGAGCGCUGCCAUCUUUGCAGGUGGCCUUGCCAUCGGCGCUGGCGCAUUCGCCCUCUCCAGAAACGCCUUUGCGCCCGCACACAAGCCCACAAAGGCCAUCAAGAGGAAGCUCUCCGACGCCGCAAACGCCGCCACCAACAAGGCAAAGGCGGCUGCCAUCGCACCGGCCGCCAACGACGACAAGGCCGCAGCCUCGCCCGCUCCUGUCGCCCCUGCCUCCAACAACGACAAGCAGGCAAAGGAGACCCUCGAUGCCGCCGCUGCCGCCCUAGAGGCCGCCCCCGGCCGCGUCGACCCUCCCCUCGCCCAGGUUCUCGACGCCGUCGACCAGAAGGGCCCCGGCCCCGUCCAGCCCGCCAAGCCCCAGGCCGAGGGCAACGUCGCCCCCAGCGGACCCGAUGCCACCGCAGGCGGCCAGAAGCUCAAGGGCCUCGUCAACGAGCAGCCCAAGCUCGACGCCGAGCCCGAGCCCUCGCCCCUCAACCGCGUCAGCCACCUCGACACCCGCGCCGACCUCUCGCUCGUCUCGGGCCCCUCGGCCGACGAGCUGGCCAAGCACGCCGCCGCACAGGCUUGGCUCACGGGCAUCCCCAGCCCCAACACCACCAGCACCGGCGUCAUCGACGCCAUCGCCUACGCCAACAGCACCGCCGUCUUCAGCUACGAGAGCGAGGCCAACGGCGGCUUCGGCGCCCACAGCGAGGCCCAGGCCGCCGAGGCCCUUGAUAAAGGCUGGACCCAGGGCAGGCCCAAGGUCUUCAAGAUGCAGACCCGCUCGGGAGCCGGCAACGCCAUCGUCGGCUACCUCUCGGGCGCCAAAAAGGGCUCGUCGUCGUCGGGCCCCACCCGCGUCGUCACCGCCCUGACCAACGCCGCCGGCUUCGUCGCCAUGGCUCCCACCCUCGCCGCUCUCGACGACGUCGCCACCGACGCCGGCAAGAUUGUGCUCCAGGUCUCGGCCGCUAGCCAGUCGACCGACGACGACCUGGCCAUCAAGAACGACUACGCCGCCGUCCUCGCCGCCACCGCCGCCCUCGGCGACGCCUUCGAGGUCGUCUUCUCGUCGACGCGCCAGGAGGCCGUCGACUCGGCCCAGUACGCCUACCAGUCGGCCAAGAACGUCGUCCACGUCUUUGACGGCGCCUUUGCCGGCAGAGAGGUCGGCCUUCUCUCGGUGCCCCAGAAGGGCGCCGCCGUCGCUGCGCCCGAGCACUUCCACUACACGGGACCAGCAAAGGCCACCGCCGUUCUCGUCGUCCCCAACGGCUCCCACAGCCAGUCGGCGCGCGCCGUCCUGGUGACGCUGCCGCCCGCCGUCCGCCACAACAUCGGCGUGCUCUCGGUCAAGGUCGUCCGCCCCUGGAGCGACGCCGAGCUGCGCAAGGCCAUCCCCGAGACCGUGCAGAGCCUACACGUGCUCGAGGAGAUUCCCUCGGGCUCGACGUCGGGCCUCGUCUACGAGGACGUCAUGGGCUCGCUCUUUAGCGACGCCUUCCUCGGCGCCGGCAGCGCGCCCCGCAAUGUGUUUAGCGUCGCCCUCGAGGCCGGCCAGAACCUCGUUGCGGCCGAGUGGUUCGAGCUGCUCAAGACGGUCGCCGCCUCCCCGGCCGCGCCCGUCAAGCUGGGUGACGUCUUUGACGCCGCGACCCAGCAGCCCGACCUGCUCGCCCUCUCGGGCGCCUCGCUCGCUUCGGGCCUGGUCCGCUCCGACCUCAUCCUCACCGGCCGCCCCGAGUCGGCCUCGGACGCGCCCAUCGAGCUCGUCGGCGACGACAAUUCGUCCAAGGUCCUCGUCGUCAGCGAUCCGGCCGUCACCCUCAAGAGCCUCGCGCCUUUCCAGUCGCUGGUCCGCGGCGGCACCGUCAUCGUCAACGUGCCCGGCUGGGACGCCGCCGAGCUCGAGUCGAAGCUGCGCGCCGAGGACAAGAAGGUUCUCGCCGAUAAGGGCGCUCGCCUGCUCCUCGUCGACGCCGCCGCCGUCGUCGAGCAGCUCAACACCAAGACGGCCAACGCCCGCGGUGGCAAGGCCAAGGCCGGCGACGACGUUGUCCCAAAGGAGAUCGCCGCCGCCGUCCUUCUCGUUGCCUUCCUGCGCACCCAGCUCGACCUUGGCGGCGAUGCCCUGGCUGCGUUUGUCACGCGCAUCCUUGGCACCGCCCCCGUCGGCGUCGACGGCGUUGCCGGCCUUGUCCAGGCCACCGAGGCCGCCGUCGAGCGCUUUGCCUUUUCCAACGCCGAGUGGGCCAACGCCGAGCCCCUCGAGGGGGAAUCCGCCAGCGCGCCCCGCCCCACCCACAUCCGCUACAACGGCUUCACCCGUAGUGCCGACGCCGCCCUCGCCGGUGUCGAGGUGGCGCCCUCGCGCAACACAUGGGCGCUCCCCGCGUGGCAGCAGCUCUUCUCCGAGGCCUACGAGACCGACACGUCGGCCAUCCGCCCGGACCUGCCCGAAAAGACGUGGGUCAUUGAGGUCACCGAGAACCGCAGGCUCACGCCCGUCGACUACGACCGCAACGUCUUCCACAUGGAGCUCUCGACCAAGGGCACCGACCUCCGCUACGAGGUCGGCGAAGCCCUCGGCGUCCACGGCUGGAACGACGAUGACGAGGUGGCCGACUUUAUCCGCUGGGCCGGCUUCGACGCCGACGAGGUCGUCAGCGUCCCCUCGCUCGCCAAGCCGGCCAAGUUUGAGACGCGCACCGUCUUCCAGGUCCUCCAGCAGAACCUCGACAUCUUUGGCAAGCCGCCGAAGCGCUUCUACGAGGCCCUCAGCAAGAUUGCCACCAACCGCGACGAGGCCCGCUGGCUCCGCUUCAUCAGCUCGGCCGAGGGGUCGGCCACCUUCAAGAAGUACUCGGAGGUCGAGACGCUCACCUACGCCGACGUCCUCCGCAUGUUCCCCUCGGCCCGCCUGCCGCUCGACCUGCUCCUCACCGAGGUCGAGCCCAUCAAGCCCCGCCACUACUCGAUUGCCUCGGCCCAGGCCGCCGUCGGCGAGUCGGUCCACCUCCUCGUCGUCACCGUCGACUGGAAGACGCCCAGCGGCAGCCCGCGCUACGGACAGUGCACCCGCUACCUGUCCAAGCUCAAGCCCGGCGCAAAGGUCACCGUCUCGCUCAAGCCCUCGGUCAUGAAGCUGCCGCCCAUCGACUCGCAGCCCAUCAUCAUGGCCGGCCUCGGUACCGGCGCCGCCCCCUUCCGCGCCUUUAUCCAGGCCCGCGCCGUCAAGCGCGCCCAGGGCAUCGACGUCGGACCCCUCGUCUACUACUUUGGCUCGCGCUACCGCUCCGCAGAGUACCUCUACGGCGAGGAGCUCGAGGCCUACCUCCAGGAUGGCGUCCUCUCCCACGUCGGCCUCGCCUUCUCGCGUGACACGUCCAAGAAGGUCUACAUCCAGCACAAGAUCCAGCAGGACGGAGAGAUGCUCACCAACUACCUCGCUCCCGAGAUUGAGGCUCUCAAGAAGCUCGGAGGUUCCGCCGAGGUUGCCAUCCGCGACGGCGCGCUCGACGACCACGUCGAUGAGGGCAAGAAGGGAUACUUCUUUGUCUGCGGACCGACCUGGCCCGUCCCCGACAUUCACGAGGCCAUUGUCUCGGCCUUUGUCGAGCGCGGCUGGACGCAGGAGCGCGCCGAGCAGAGGAUCGAGGAGCUCAAGGAAGAAGAGAUGGAUUUUGGAGGUGUACUGAUGGCGUUGAGCGUUGUAGACGAUGCCGACGACGGCGACGAGAAUGAGGAUCUGACGAUUGCGACGAUAUCUGGACGAGCGUGGUGGUGUCGGCGAUGA